AUGCCGCUCCGUGAAGUUGAAUUUCCUGCCGAUCCUAAGGAUCUGGAACACGCAACAGAACAGUUCUUUAUUUUCUACUCCUCACGCGUGAACGGGCAGCUAUGGUGUCCUGAUUGUGUAGCAGUAGACCGGACCAUCCAAGAUACCUUUGGCCCUGAAGACGGGCCAUCUGCAGUGAUCGUCUAUGUUGGCCAAAAGCCCGAAUGGAAAUCACCCUCCAAUGUGUUUAGAGGCGAGCCUUGGCAAGUCACCUCAGUCCCCACGGUUAUUAAGCUUGAAGGCUCCAAAGUAACUGGUCGACUUGACUCCGAGAUCAAUACACUUGUCGCUGGUUUCAUCCGAGGAUAG